UGCCAUGAUUGGCUCAAAUUGUUAAAUCUUGUCGUUACACUUGACGGCCUCUGGAUCGAAAAACACACAAGAAAAUCAUUGGACACAGUAUAUAUGCACAGUUAUGUAUGUAUAUAUGUGUGCAUAUGUAUCUAUAUAUAUCUCAAAGCUACUGUUUUUCAACUACUGCAAACAGAGGAAUGUUUGCUGUUUUAUCUGUUCACCGAGAGAGACAGUGUCAUGUGCCUAUGAGUGUGUGUGUGUGUGAGGUCAGGAGGUGAAGUUUAUUCUAUGGUGGAUUCUUGAAGAUACGCAGCAGAAAAUAAUUAUUUAUUUAUUUCUCGCGCAUUUAUAAAAGAAAAUUUCUAUACCUUUUUUGGCCCAAGAUUCAGUUAGAAAAAGGCAGAAUUUUUCAGCAGCUUUUGCAAUUCUAUACAAAGAGGUUGGAGGGAGAGAAGUAGACAAUGAAGAACUCGGUGUCGGAGCAGAGCUUCUACAUAGAGAGUGAGGAAGAGGAGGAGGAGGAGGUGUCUGGAAAAGUUGAUGAUGAUGAUGAUGAUGAAGCUGGAAAUGGUUCUGAUUCGUCGAAUUACUGCAGUGACAACGAUAACGAUAAUGCGAGUGGGGAGCAAAGCAAGCCCAAUUCCCUCAAUCCCUCUUGGCCUCAAAGUUACAGGCAAUCCAUUGAUCUAUACAGUAGCGUCCCAUCUCCGAGUCUCAACUUUCUUGGGACGCCUACAUUAUCACGCUUAAGCAGCUCGUUUCUUUCGUCAUCCCUUACAAGGAGAAACACUCCCGAGAUAUUACCUACUCUGAGUAAGCCUCUUAUACCAGAGGCCGAGAAACCUAAAGAAAGACGCAGUUCACAUUCCCUGCUUCCACCUAUUCCAAGGAAGCCUAGUUUGAAGAAACUAACUCCUGAUGGUAAACCAGCAGUCUCACACGAGCUUCCGAUUUCUCGCCAUAGCUCAUUCGGCCAAGCAGUGCUAAAUGGCAUGAAUGUGCUAUGUGGAGUUGGAAUCCUUUCGACUCCUUAUGCUGUCAGAGAAGGAGGCUGGCUCGGGCUCUCUAUAUUGUUGAUAUUUGCUGUACUUUCUUACUACACCGGAAUCCUCCUGCGAUUCUGCUUGGACAGUACACCUGGGCUUGAGACGUACCCCGACAUUGGCCAGGCUGCAUUCGGUACCAUAGGCCGUGUUGCCAUAUCUAUUGUUUUGUACGUGGAGUUAUAUGCUUGCUGCGUUGAGUACAUUAUUCUGGAGAGUGAUAACUUGUCGUCUUUAUUUCCGAAUGCACAUAUAAACUUUGGAAUCAUCCAAUUGAACUCUCACCAUCUUUUCGCCGUGAUGGCCACCUUGGCCGUCCUUCCAACUGUUUGGUUACGAGAUAUGAGCAUUCUCAGUUACAUCUCUGCUGGCGGAGUUAUUGCAUCAAUCCUAGUAGUCGCUUGCUUGUUUUGGGUUGGCUUAGUAGACGAAGUGGGAUUUCAGACGAAAGGGACAGUUCUGAACCUCUCUUCUCUGCCCGUUGCUAUUGGUCUCUACGGAUAUUGCUACUCGGGGCACGCUGUUUUUCCCAAUAUUUAUACGUCGAUGGACAAACCGAGCCAGUACCCUACCGUUCUCCUCACGAGCUUUGCAAUCUGCACUGUGAUGUAUGGUGCGGUUGCUGUUCUCGGAUACAUGAUGUUUGGAGAAUCGACACAAUCACAGUUCACUCUCAACAUGCCUCAGGACUUACUCGCGUCUAAAAUUGCUGUGUGGACUACGGUAGUCAAUCCAUUUACAAAGUAUGCGUUAACCAUGUCUCCUGUGGCGAUGAGUCUGGAAGAGUUGAUCCCGUCUAGCCACGCCAAGUCUUAUAUGUAUUCAAUCCUCAUAAGGACAGCAUUGGUGGUAUCUACGUUGAUCGUAGGCCUCAGCAUCCCCUUCUUCGGUCUUGUGAUGGCGCUCAUCGGUUCUCUACUCACCAUGCUAGUAGUAAGUACUCUUCACUCCUCGCCUCCUACAACGUCUACCCCCUCGUGUCUUUCACCAUUUCACAACGCGAAUUCACUUGAUUUCACAGACGUUGAUUCUUCCGUGCGCGUGCUACUUGAGCAUCUUGAAGGGGAAGGUCUCCGUGUUUCAGGUAAGGCUAACUAUUGAAGUAUUACGUUAAAAAGGCUCGGUUAUAACGCGUUUUUGUAGGCCUUUCAGUCACGAGAUCGCCUAAAGCUAGUUACUGACCACGUGCAAAAAUCCAUACGAACAUGUUUUUCAUACUGAAUCGAUGUUUUGAGCUUGAUGGCAUCUUUUCUUCGUAUUUGGUGCUUCGUUUUACAGGGAUCGAUGUGCAUACUGGUGAUCGGAGUAGGCGUGGUUUCGUCGUCAGUUGGCACCUAUUCAGCCCUCUCCCAGAUUGCCCAGAAUUUGAGCUCAUAAUCUGUUAUGGUGUGUUUUUAGCAGAUGUCCUCCUUUUCUUCUGCAUUCAGCUUCUCUCUCCCUCUCUAGAUUGCCAAGCAAGCAUUUUUUUAGGCCAUUUUGUGUCAACAUCACUUGUUUUGGGAAUUGUUAGUGUGUGAUUUUUCACAGUUUUGAUGGGAUCUGUUGUCAUAUUUGCCAUUCUUGGCCUACUUAAUUGGACAAUGUGUGCUGUAAAAGUACAUGUUUAGUGUUAUUUUGUUUCAAGGAAUU